CGGUGGCGGAAGUGGGAGCGGAGCCGGAGUCUUGGCCAUAAAGCCCGAGGCGGCGGCGGCGGCGGCGGCGUCGGAGGCUCGGAGAGCGCCCAGGAGCCGGCCGGACCCGCGACGUGGACUCGGCCCGCGCGCCCGCCCCCCCUGCUCGCACACCCUCGUCGGCGGGAGCCCCCCGCGCAGCGUCCGCGUUGGAAGGAUGACCUCUAGGAAGAAAGUGUUGCUGAAGGUCAUCAUCUUGGGAGAUUCUGGGGUCGGUAAGACAUCCCUCAUGAACCAGUAUGUGAACAAGAAAUUCAGCAAUCAGUACAAAGCCACAAUAGGAGCAGACUUCCUGACAAAGGAGGUGAUGGUGGAUGACAGACUAGUCACGAUGCAGAUCUGGGACACGGCCGGACAGGAGCGGUUCCAGUCCCUCGGCGUGGCCUUCUACAGAGGCGCAGACUGCUGCGUGCUGGUGUUCGACGUGACCGCCCCCAACACCUUCAAGACCCUGGACAGCUGGAGAGACGAGUUUCUCAUCCAGGCCAGUCCCCGGGAUCCCGAGAACUUCCCCUUUGUCGUGUUGGGAAACAAGAUCGACCUCGAAAACAGACAAGUGGCCACAAAGCGGGCACAGGCCUGGUGCUACAGCAAAAACAACAUUCCCUACUUCGAGACCAGUGCCAAGGAGGCCAUCAACGUGGAGCAGGCCUUCCAGACCAUCGCGCGGAACGCUCUCAAGCAGGAGACAGAGGUGGAGCUCUACAAUGAAUUCCCCGAGCCCAUCAAACUGGACAAGAACGACCGGGCUAAAGCCUCGGCAGAGAGCUGCAGCUGCUGAAGGGGCCACGGGAGCAGAGCACAGAGUCCUUCACAGCCAAGAACACGUCCAGGCCUUCCGACACAGCCCCUCCCAGCCAGCCUCAGUGACCCCCGACACACCCCGCACACAACCGCCCACACCCGCCCCUGGUGGCGGCAGACAGACCCCCGCCUGCGCCCGGCAGGGCCCCCGCGGGGCCUGUGGCCGCAUCAGCCUGGGGGGCACAGGAUGCGGCCCCGGCCUCAAGCCCAUUCUCGUAGUCCACUGGAGAGAGAACUGUUUACAGUUAAUCUGUGUCGAAUUCGUCCCCGGGUUUUUUUAACGGCCCCGUGAUCUCUCUGCCCCGGCCCUCGCCCCCGCCCCGUGAAGGCCCCCACCUGGGAAGGCUGGUGCCCCCUGCUUCGCCACAGGCCCAGCCCAGUCGAGCAGGCUGAGCUUUGUACGUACCUGUUAAUGCUUGUUACUUUUAACUAAUCAGAUCUUUUUACAGUAUCCAUUUAUUAUGUAAUGCUUCUUAGUAAAGAAUCUUAUAGUACAUGUUAAUAUAUGCAACCGAUUAAAAAAAAUGUAUAAAUUAGUGUAAGAAA